UUAUUGACUAUGGUCCCGUGCGAUUAAACUGCACUUUGAUCAAACUUCGUGUAGCGGUUGUUAUCUGAGUUGCAGAAAAACUGCGUAACUGGGCCAAAGGUUGGAAUAAAUAUUAAAGUCCAUUAAUUAAUACUGCCGUGACAUUACAUGGCGAGGAAGAGGGUCGUCAAAGCGGAUGGUACAUCCUCCGCAGCCGGCAAAGUUCCGAGCUCUGCUAGAGUCCAGAAGGAGAGGACGCCGUCCCAAUGGUGGCUGAAAGGAGGCUUAUUGGCUCUCUUUGUUAUCUUCAUAUUGCAGAGAAUACUCCCAGAAUUAAUCCAGCACCUUGUUUACACUCACAGACUCAGGGUGCCCUUCUUUGUUGACCUGAGUGGACCCGCUGAUCUCUCCCAUAAUCACACCAUCAACAUGUACUUAACAUCAGAGGAAGGAAUCUCCCUUGGCGUCUGGCACACUCUCCCGAAAAGUCAGUGGAAAGAGGCACAGGGGAAGGACUUGGCAUGGUACCAGAACACUUUAAGGGAUGGAAGUCCAGUUUUUAUAUAUCUUCAUGGGAACACAGGCACAAGGGCAGCCACUCAUCGCAUAGGAGUUGCAAAAGUACUGAGUGCACUUGAUUACCAUGUGCUGGUGCCUGACUACAGAGGGUUUGGAGAUUCCACGGGGGAGCCGACUGAAGCCGGUCUGACCACGGAUGCCCUCUAUGUGUACAACUGGGUCAAAGCACGCUGUGGAAACAGCCUGGUUGUCAUCUGGGGACACUCUCUUGGCACUGGAGUGGCCACUAACGCUGCAGUAAAACUGCUUGAAAAAGGUGAGGUUUUCGAUGGUGUGAUGCUGGAGGGUGCGUUCAACAGUGCUCGACAGGAGAUACCAUUUCAUGUAUUUAGCUGGUACUACUGGACGUUUCCGGGCUUUGGCUACUUUUUCCCGGAGCCAUGGGCAAAAAACAAGGUUGUCUUCCCUACUGAAGAAAAUUUGAAAAAAAUGAAAAGUCCAAUCCUUUUUCUUCAUGCACUGGACGAUCACUUAGUUCCCUUUCAGGUUGCUCAGCAGAUGUAUGAGGUAGCAGUGAGUGCCCAGAAUGCAGAGCGAGUCAAGCUCGUGCCAUUUGACGGCUCUCAGGGGUAUCUGCACAACGGCUUAUAUAGAGAUCCCCAGCUGCCAGACAUCAUAAAGAAGUUUGUGCUGUCGUUGUAAUGUUGAAAAGACGGCUGGAAGCAGAAAACCCUUCCCAGACUUCGGACGCAGAGCGCUGGUUUUUAGUUUUUACUACAUUCAAUUGUUUGCUUUGUCUUCCCAGCUGCAUAUAUGUUGCAUAAUUAUGUGAUUUUCUUUGUGUUUAACAUUCAUUCAUUUAAGAAUGAAUGCAAAAAUUGUUCAGGCAAAAAUGAUAGAUCAGUUGUAAUUUGUAAGAUAAGAUUUGCUUGUUAAGUGCUGAUUCCCCCUCUAUGUGUGGGUGAUUUUUUUUUUUGAAUUUUCAGAACCAUAAAUAGCCAUUUUCAUUGUAAAUGCGAUUUUAAUGUGCCCUCUACUGGGCAUUGUUGUGUGGUGAUAAUGCUCAUCUAUGAAACUGGAUAAUGAGUUUGGUAAUCCAAGGCUUGAGAUGUUGAGGUGUCAGCGACAUUUCAGACUCAUACAAGGACAGCAGCUGGGAAACGUCUGUGGUUUUAGAGAUCUGAAGUUCUUUCAGUUUCACCACAGAAUAUAUAGUGCAUUCUGAUGAGUAAUUGUAUAUAAUUUGAUAUAUUAGUAGUAUAAAGAAUAUCAGAUUAAAUGUCAUUGCCGUUUGCUUACAAUAAAUGUGAUGACUGUCUGUGUCAACCAGCAGUGCUUUGGUCUGUCUGCCUUUCACUUUUGUUCCAAGAAAACACACAUUAAAUUGGUCUCAUAUA